AUGGCUUUCCACGGUCAAAGCGACAGCCUCGAGAUUCGAGUGCAGUCAGCAUCGACGACUUCCACGGGAAACGGCCUCGACAUUUCUUACGCAGGAUUCGCCAAUCGCGCUUCGUACGACGUCCAGCUGCAACAGCAAGUGCAGGCCGGCCGGGUGGCAGGAACAGACGAGCUGACCUUGGCCACAUUCAACGAUGGGCACUUACUGCCUGUGCGACGACGAGCGGAGCCCAUGGUCGCACUGCGAUUUUGGGACGAUUUAUUCACGCCAUCGAUGCAUCGCUUCAUAGCAUCGCACCUAAGGGAACCGAACGAGGUCAAAGACAAAGGCAGCAUCCGCGGUCAAGGCGACUGGGCUGGCGUGCUCGACAAGCUUGAGACCGCCAGAAAUGAAUACAGCCAGAUAGAUUCAGGCUUCAAAAGUACCUUUCGGAAGGUAUACCGCAAGUCGGCCGAUCAUGCCGGUGGGGUGCCACUGUCGAUAGUCAAGACGGCGAAGGAUGUCGUGAACAACGACUACGCGUCGCCGGUGCUCGGGGUUGUCAAGUUGGUUGUCGAGGCGGCAACAAAGGCGGCCAAGCUACGACAGGACAUGAUGGGCGCCUUGGACAACCUAGACCACAAACGUUUGCUUCGAGCCACCUUCACAAUUGACGAGUACCGACAGAAAAUUGACAACGGCCUCAAGGACGUGGACGACAGAAGCUCUGGCCUCCUCCGGGAGGUCAAUUUGUCUAAAAUGGAGAGUGACAGACUCUUUCAAAGCCGGACCAUACAUGGCACGUUCCUUUUCUAUACUGGGGCUACAACCCAGCUGUCUGCUGACACCAUUGUAGAUACGUCCAUCACCCACCUAAGCUUGGCCCAACUUCAGACGAUGGUUUACGACAUGCAAAACUCGAUCAACUUUUUCAGAAACGAGUUGAUACAGGGUUUGGACCGCGGCAGGGCACACAUCACCGGCUUGUCUCCCUCCCCGCGUGAGCCGGCCCCUGUGUAUGUAAUAACUACGGCGCCACCGGCAAUAUCUGAGCCCGAGCGCCACCAUAUCACCCCCCAAACCCUCCUUGAUUGGAUUGGCAUGCGUGAUUUAGCACGACACGAUCUCGACUACAUGGCGACCCGCAACCACGACCACAUCACGGGUGCCGAGCAAGGCGGCGCAGGGCAUCUUGUUGCCCAUCACAAACUACAGCUUUGGCUGCGCGUGCCCGCGUCGUCCCAGUUGCUGAUCCACGGCACGAGCGAUGGACGCGGCCUGUGGCCUGUGUCGGGGCUGUCUUUGUUCUGUGCCUCAUUGGCCAUGACCCUCGGCAGUCAUCCGCGCAUCAUCCGACUGCUGUUCUUCUGCGGACUACAUGCAGACGACCGACACAGCCGCGGCUCUACUUUUCCGUCUGACGACGAGGCGCUGCAUGUCGGAGGCCGUGCCAUCAUCUCCAGUUUCAUAUGCCAGCUGCUGUGCGCAUACGACUUUGGCCCAGAGCUGCCAAUCGACGCGACGCGUGAAGACGCCGUCGUUGAUGGCGACCUGGACGAGCUCUGCGGCAUUUUUGGCGCUCUCGUGUCUCGCCUUCCGCCGGACCUUGUGCUUGUCUGCGUCGUGGACGGUGCUGCGUACUACGAACGGCCCGAGUUUCUGGCGGAUGCGUCGGUGGUUUUGGCCUGCAUCCUGCGUUUGUCCAUGGACGAUUCGGUGUCGGCGGUGGUCAAGAUUCUCGUUGCCAGCCCCGUGCCGACAACGCACAUCCGCCGACCGUUUUCCGACGACACCAUUUUGUCCACGGCUGCAAUUCCCCACACGCAGUGGGAAUACAGUCCUGCAAGAAUCGAGCGCAUGCUGUUGGACGACGGGCAUAUUAUGGGACUCGAUGAACACGACUUGGAGAAUUCCUAG